CAUGGGCCCAUAUAGCAGGUGGGACAUGGUGCACAGCAGGAGAGGCUUAAAUACUCCGCUGCAAGCAUGGCAGCAGCUCACGGACUUGAUCAUGUGUCGCUAAUGACUUUCGAGAAUCACGCCUAUGAAAAUGGUGACCAGGAUGGAAUAACCCGACUGCCAACAUCAGCAAGCUCUGAAAAUGGUGAUCAGGAUAAUGUCCCCAGCACAAACUCCAGCGACAAAACGGAGCACCGAGCACCUGCGGGAUGGGAUACCACUCCAACAUCCCACGACAAGCAUCGCGACAGCUCUUCGGAAUUAGAAGACUGGGACCUGCUGUACAAAAUCAUCCGCGUCAUUGUCUGCAGUCUCUUCUUUUGUCUGGUGCUCCUCACAGCCACCUCCUCCAAGCUGUCCCUCCUGAUGAUGGUGUCCAACAUCCACGUAUCCAGAGACGUUGAUGUCGUAUUCAGGAAUCCCAAGGGCACAAAUCUCACGGAGUCCACCAGCGAACUGGUCAUCAAUGUCAAUUGGAUAUGGGCCUUACUUUGCGUGAUGAUCCUUCCGUAUAUCUUCACUAUCCUUUCAUGCCUUUGGAGGAUGCUCACCAUGAACCUUGGCAAACUGCACCUACCGUCACUCAUCUUGGCCCUUAUACCGGAAGUGCUUCACGCUGGAGGUCUCACCCUAUUCAUCUUCUAUGUCCUUCCUAGUUUUGACCCGAUCACUGGAUUGAUCUUGACAGUGAGUGUGGGAACAGUUCCGGGGAUUUUAAAGAUUGUCCAGCCUGUUGGAUGUCGAUGUGGUGAUGGAGACUGCCACAGCAGUUGCAUCAACAAGAGCUGUUCUCUAAGACUCUGGAACACGUUAAUGUUUCUUCUCCAUUCGGGAGUCAUUACAUGUCUCACCUACCGGAUCUACGUUGUGAGGCAGUCUGUCUUGCUGGCCUGUCUCGUGCCCAUCUCACUUGUCCUCAUCUCAAUCUCCUACUGGGAUAAUUUUGUACCCAAACUUUCCCAACACCAUGGACAGAAUACGCCCACAAAUGAUGUACGGGGAACUCACACCAACACAAGUGUUCCUCCAGCAACGAGAACCAACCAUUCUGGCAGGGGAGCUUCAAGCAACUUCAGAUGUUUAAGCUGGGUGAAGACAGAAGUUGGCAAGCGUGCUACAAGAGCACAUAUGUGUAUUUCUAUGUUUAAAGUUUGUGUCACACUUCUAUUAGCAUCAGUGUAUUUCAACCAUGGCAGUGUUGAGUGUUGGAGAACAUUUUUCUUUGUCAAGACCCGGGGCAGUGGAUGUACCUUCAAUGCUGACGUGACUCUUGUGAACGAAUCCUUAUCCCUACCAUGGAUGGUUGCAGCUAUAAGUGUGGUGUCAAGUGCAGUAUGCUACAAGAUAUCGAAGUACGCCUGCAAAAUACUAGCACAAGAACUAUGCUUUGCUGUUCCAUUGCUGUUGUCAUUCCCAGCAACACUUUGUGCCCUUGGGUACGCUGUUCUGCAUGCGGAUUAUGUCAACAAAGUCAUGGGGACAACACUGAUAGAAAACUAUUUCCAUGCCAAUGAUUUACUAACGGUAGUGACAUCGUAUACUUAUGUCUACUGGAUUCCUAUUGGAAUUACCUCGAUUAUAUAUCUCGUAUUCGGUAUAGGGUUGCACAUAUGGACCCCAAAGUGCAACAGGAUGACGCCUACCAGCAGGUUGUUCCAGAAGCCCCUAUACUGUGGGGUGCUGCUUGAUUCAUCCUUGAUUCUCAACAGGAACAGGGAAGAGCAGUGGGCAGAACCACUGAAGCAGGCCAUGUGGACUGACACCCCGAUGAUACACCUGUGUGCCACCAUGUGGCAAGAGGAGCAGAAGGAAAUGGUACAGCUGAUCAAGUCUAUAUUGAGGUUGGAUCUUCAUCAGUCCAAUUUCUGUGCAAGGGAGGCUUUUGGAAUGGAAUCAAAAGACCACUAUAAGUUUGAUGCCAACAUAUUCUUCGACAAUGCUUUCUGUGGGAAAGGGCCAAAGAGGACAAUCAACAUGUAUGUUAGGCGUCUCGCCAUGGCGAUGCAACAGGCAUGCAGAGAGGUGCUCUCUGAGGUUGAUAUAACGCUAGAAUCGCCCAAGAAAGUAAAAACACCUUAUGGAGGCAAGCUAGAAUUUACUUUGCCGAAUGAUAACAAACUCAUCGUCCACCUCAAAGACAGUAAAAAAAUUCGGCGUAAAAAGAGAUGGAGUCAAGUGAUGUACAUGUAUUACUUCCUGAAGCAUGGCAUAACAGACAAUCCAAUCUAUCAAACCGAAGAGGCGCGAAUGGAAAAAGCCCAAAACACCUUCCUCUUGGCACUUGACGGAGAUGUGGACUUCCAGCCUGAUGCUCUUCGGAUCCUUCUCGACAGGAUGAAGGGUAACCCCUACAUAGGAGCUGCCUGUGGCAGGAUUCAUCCUGUAGGCUCUGGUCCGAUGGUGUGGUACCAGAAGUUUGAGUAUGCAGUGAGUCACUGGCUCCAGAAGGCAUCAGAGAACAUGCUGGGGUGUGUCUUGUGCAGUCCCGGAUGUUUCAGCUUGUUCCGGGGCUCUGCUCUCAUGGAUGCCAACGUGAUGCGAUCCUACACCAAGACCGUGUCAGAGGCCGCAGAGAAGAUACAGUACGAUUUGGGUGAAGACAGAUGGCUGUGUACUUUACUUCUCCAACAAGGACAUCGGGUUGAGUACUGUGCCGCAUCAGACUCCUUCACCUUUGCCCCGAUGGAUUUCUUUGAAUUUUUCAAGCAGAGGCGACGAUGGACACCCUCCACCAUGAUCAAUGUUCUUGACCUCAUCAUGUCCUGGAAAACAACCACCAGAAACAAUUCCGACAUUUGCAUUCUCUAUAUCAUCUAUCAGCUUGGACUGUUUGCCUCGUCAGUCGUCACCCCAGGGACGAUCUUCAUGCUUAUAGUCGGGGCUAUCAGUUCCAGCUUUCAAGCCAUUACCCUUACGACGUCAUUUCUCAUUAACUUGGCCCCCCUGAUCAUAUUCGUCAUUCUCUGUUUCAAGACCAGUACAAAAAUCCAGCUGACUUUCGCUCUGAUUCUGACAAUAUGCUACUGCCUGCUUAUGACAGUUGUGUUGGUCGGCAUCAUCAAACAGGCAGCUGAAAGUGGCUUCUGUUCAGUCUCCACCAUCUUCCUGACACUUGUGGCCAGCAUCUUCGUCAUCUCUGCACUGCUUCAUCCCCAAGAAAUAACGUGCCUCUUCUACGGCGUACUGUACUUCCUGCUCAUCCCCAGUACCACGCUUCUCAUGGUGAUUUACUCCCUGGCAAACUUGAACGACGUGUCGUGGGGGACCAGAGACAGCGGUGAGUCCAAGGGGGCCCAGGAGAAAGGUGAAUCUAAAAAGAAAAUGAAACCUGCAAAGAGACUUCUGUCACGGUUGUUAAGGAUAAUUGAUGGUGAUGAUGCAGAAAGGCCUCUUCUUGAAGAAAAACAGAAGGACAAGGGUUGUCCAUUGGAUAAGAAUUGUAAACAGGAGCUUUCGAAGGGAAAAACUGAUCUGCCAGACAAAGAUGAGAUCAAAGACAUCUGCGACCUUUUGGAUCCUUACAAAGGCGUCUCUGAGGAAUUGACUGAAGAAGAAAACAAAUUCUGGUUAAGCCUUAUGAGUGAAUAUCUAACGCCUAUUGAUGAAAAGGAUGCAAACCUUGCAGACAACCUGGCUGCACUUCGGAACACGUCGUGUCUCGGAUUCAUCCUCAUCAAUGCUGUUUUUAUCAUUCUGCUGUUUGCACUUGAGAGCAUUGCACAGUAUACACCAAACAUGGCCUUUGAACUGCCCUGCCCAGAUGCUACAUUCAAGCCGGAAAAGGUACAGCCAUUGUCAAUAGCUUUCAUAGUUGUAUUUGGACUGUUAUUGGUAGUACAAUUUGUUGCUAUGCUGUUUCAUCGGUUUUCAACUUUGUUGCAAAUUGUUGCUGGAAAGGAAAUUAAUUUUGGACACAUUUGCAAACAAAAAGGAACCGAUAGCGAAAUUCAGCAUAACGAUUUGAGCAGACUUAUUAAUGACUAUACGAACAAGUGCUCAGAAACAACAACAAUAAUGACGGAUGACGAGAGGAAAGAGGACAGGAGACGAAGGAGGGAUCGGCAGAGUACCAUGAAACAUGACUUGGGGAACAAAAAUCUCUGGCAUAAAAUGUGUCAGAUAGCAGUUAAGUUGUACAAAAGUAAGGUCACCAAAUCUAAGUUCUCCGUUGAAGAUGAUGUGAAGAAGGAAUUUGAACACCUAUCCUUGAUGUCCAGGAAGACGAUAGAAAGUCUGGUGAAGAAGGCAGUUGAACAAGUGGGGCAAAAGGUGGAUGACAAGAACAUGAUGCCGUUUACCCAAACGGUUUUGACGGAAAUAAACAAGGGAGAGAAUCAGGAUCCCAGAGAAGCUAAGACCAUAAAUUCAGUGUUUGGGUUGACAGUUUAUGACAGGGAACGCCGUCAAAGGAAUACUAUUCUUUCUGGAGGAACAGUAAGAUCAUUGGGAUAUUGGAGCGGGUCAACGCGAGAACCUUCACCACAUACACAGGAACUUAAUGACAUUGAAGAAAUAAAACCAGACUAUGACUCGAGUGAUUGAGUGAGUUGGGUUUAACGCCGCUUUUAACAGUAUUACAGUUAUGUCACGGCGUGUCAGCUUAAUGUGGGAGGAGGGCCCGAGGUGAUGCAGGUCUCGGACGUUUUACCACUUUGGUGAAACCCACGAGCACGGGUAUGGUGCUGAUAACCUAGAAACAUAAUCGAUUCGAACCUCAAUGAUUCGAACCUCAAUCAUAGGGACGCAACUCUGCACAGCAAAUCGUGGCUCCUUAGACGAAUGGGCAAACCGUGCCCCCGACUAUGAAUAGGAAACAUAGGUUUCUGGCGUGCCCAAGGGACGCAACUCUGCACAACGAAUCGUGGCUCCUUAGACAAAUGGGCCACCCGUGCCCACGACUAUGAAUAGGAACAUUUCUGCUGGAGGUGUAAUAGAUGUAUCAUUCCACACUUGGGAUUUAAUAGUGACAACCCAGUAUUCCUUCUCACAAGUACAUGUAUUCCAUAAGUAAAAUAUAGGAAAUUCAACAAAACUCCAGUUAAAUAUGUUUGUCAGUGCUAAGGAUUCAUUUAUCAAGUUAAUUGUAAAAACUAGUGAAAUGGUGUGUUAAAAAAAGGUAUGCUGUGACUUCAUAUCCAGUGCGUGUUCACCCAUUGGGAUUCCGGGUAAGAGUAUAGGUCCCCAGCUACCUAUGCUUGUGGGAAGAGUUGGCUAUAAGAUCGGGUGGUCAGGCUCCGUGGCGUGACUGAUUGUCAUCACACCCCAGUUAUGUGGAUCGAUGCUCAUGAUGUCAAUCACUGGAUUAUCUGGUCCAGAUGCCAUUAUUUACAGACAGCUGUGUGUGUGUUACAUAAGCCAUGCUGUGAUCAUUUAAGUUGUGAUAGUUUCACUAUUUUAAUUGAGGGUAAAGAUAAACUUGCCUCACCAACGACCUAAUCACCCCCAACCCAACGUCACAUACCAUACAUUGGUGACCAAACAUAUAAAAAAAAACAAUUCCAAUACCCUGCCACAAAAAUGACAUUAUUUUUUUUUAAAUUCAGGCUCAUAAAAUAAAUAUAAAAUUAUCUGUUUUUUUUUACUAUAGCUGAAAAAUAUAUAAUCUCGAUAAAAACUCCCAGAACCCUCUCCCCGAAUAUGAUAUGGUUGGUCCCUUAAGACCCCCACGUAAAUAUUCUGUGAGACAGAUAUGGCAGCUAUUCAGAUGACACUUCGCUUGUCCACGUGACGCCCUGAACUGUGAAUUGUACUCUUUAAAAAGUGGGGGAUACUCGGAAAUAACUUAAAAGUACCAAUAUUAAAAGAGAUAUAAGUUUCUAGUCAUAUUUGUAUGAUAAUGAAAAAGUUAGGAAUACAUUACAAUCGGUAGUGGAGUAUGACAGUAGAUGUUAUGACCGCCAGUGAUCUUGAAGGCCGAUAGGGGUUACAUGGGAAGUUUGAUUUUUUUUGGAUCAGUAGUGCGUAAUACUGCCAUGAUUUGACAAACAUUCAUUCACUCGCCAAGACAUACUGCCCGUGAGUCUCCUAAUGGCGAUUUCAGAGAGUCUGUCCGACUCUUCUUGCAGCGCCUGGCCAAGUUCAGCCAACAUGGUCAGCGGCCUAUGACGUUGACGUACACGCCUCCCAAUCAUGUCCCGGGUGUGUUCAGUGGGGGAAAGGUCUGGGCUCAUUGCUGACCCUGGCAUUCUUUGGAUGUUGUGCUUCUGGGGGUGAGCAUUGACGAUUCGUGCACGAUGAGCAUGGGCGUUGUCGUCCUGAAAGACAAUACGUCGACCCACACGCCUUGCAAACGGGACAACAAAGGGUGUGGUCCCGACGGCACUGCCCAGUGACCCUUCCUUGCACAGUAUGGAGUUCGAUCAGUCAUAGUGAUGCCACCCAACACCAAAACCGAUCCACCGCCAAAUCUGUCAUGAGGUCUCAGGUUGACAUUGGCUUGACGUUCAUUUCAACGUCGCCAGACAUGAUCACGCCUAUCAGGGAAGUCAAUUGUGUAACGUCCAAGAUUAUUGCACUUAUAUAGCGACGUGCAUGCACGCGCGUGCUGUGUGCACUAGUCCGGACUAAUGCCGAUUUUAUAGUGCUAGCCCACUGAGAUACCGUGCCUCAUUUUAACAUGAAUACCCCACUCAGACACAGUAUACGGACUCCCGAGUCGACCUGUCCUUGUUUUAGCUCCUUGUUUUUUCACAUACACAUCAUUGUAUACCCAUUGUAUGCCAUGUGUUUCCCUGGUUGGAAUCAGAGCGUUUGUGAAUAAACCCGUAUGACAAAUAUUCCAGGUAGCCAGGUUGAGGUAGCCUAGUGAUUAAAGUGUUCGCUCGUCACGCCGAAGGCCCGGGUUCAAUUCCCCACAUGGGUGCAAUGGGUGGAGCUAAGGUCCGGUGUUCCCCGCGAAAGACGAAAGACUUUUUCAACUUGAAAUAAAUAAACAAACUGGAUCGCUGCAUCGUACUAUAAACGUUGGGUUUAUUAACACUGCAGUGUCAUAUUACAGACGUUUGCUUCCUUCUGUCAGCCCGUAAGUGUGGUGUUGUAAAACAUGUCCUUCCUGAAAUAAAGCAAUAUCUGGUUAAGUACAAAAAUAUUAUUAAUAAAUGCACGCACGCACGCACGCACGCAUGAUAAAUAAAUUUGCAACCACAUGACCUCUACAAUGUUUGAAAUCUGUGCCGAUAUUUUUUU